AUGGAAGAAGAUUUGGAGGAAGCCCCCCGGGAUCCGUCGGACCUCCACAUCCUGACGCUCAACUGCUGGGGCCUCCUGCACAUAUCUGCGCUGCGCAAUGAGCGUAUAGCGUACAUAGCGCACAGCCUGGCCACCAUGACGCCGCGGCCGCCGGACAUCGUCGGGCUGCAGGAGCUCUUCACGCAGGAGGACUACGCGGUCCUGAGGCGGCGGGUGCGUGACGUGCUCCCGCACGGGAAGUUCUACCACAGCGGCGCCUUCGGCGGCGGCCUGGCUAUCCUGAGCCGCUGGCCCAUCGUCGAGAGCUCCAUGCACGGGUACCCGCUCAACGGGCGUCCCACCGCCUUCUGGCAUGGGGACUGGUACGUCGGAAAGGGGGUCGCGCACGCUAAGAUCCGCAUAAGCGAUGCCGGGGGGUGCGGUGGCGAUGGUGGUGAUGACGACGAGGAUGCGGUGAUGGUGGACGUUUUCAACACGCACACGCACGCUUCGUACGGCGCCCGCGAUGACGGGUACGCGUGCCACUCGGCCGCCCAGGCGUGGCACAUGGCCAAGCUCCUCCGUGAGGCGGACCGGGGACCGGCCGGCGGCGACCGCAACCUCAUCGUCGCGCUCGGCGACUUCAACAUGCUACCCCUCUCGCUGGCCCACGAUAUCAUCACCUCGCACGCCCCCGUACAUGACGUCUGGCGCCUUCUCCACCCGGACAGCUCCUUGGGCUCGUCCGGCCACCCCCGCGAGGCGGCACGUGGCCGGCCCGUCCCGACCGUCGACUUUAACCUGCGCGAGAACGGCGCGACGAGCAACAACGUCUCCAACACCUGGCGCUGGUCCAAGGCCGACCGCCGCAAUCUGUCGGCCCGCAACCCCUGCCCCGUCGACCCGGAUGCGCCUGACCCCCACGGCCAGCGCCUGGACUACAUCUUCGCCUCUACCGGCCACUCUCCAUCCCCAUUCUCGCAAUCGCCGAGCAGACCAGCCUGGGUGGUCAAGGACGCCUCCGUGGCCAUGACUCAUCGCCAUCCGGACCUCCAGGUCUCGCUGUCAGAUCACUAUGCCGUCCACGCCAUCCUCCAUAGACAUAGCCCCGGCUCAGAGAACAGCAGCAACAGAAACAGCAAUGCUGACCCCUCCCACGCCCUCCGUUCCGGGACCUAUCUCUCCCUCUCAGAGACGGCAACCGCCCCUCCCGUCGUAGACGUGGACUUUAAUGCCCAGCUUCGCCACCGCCCCGCUCGUGACCCUGCUCGCACCCUCCCCCUGUACGACGAGAUAAUCACCCUCAUCGAUCGGUGUAGGACGCGAGAGCUCCGCGAACAGUCCUGGCGCGGCCUUCAUUUCUACGCCUCCGUCGUCAUCUUCAUCGGGUGUCUCGUGGCUGUGUGGUUCAGCCCACACAACGGCGUCGCUUUUGCCCUCCUCCUCGUGUCUACACUGGGUUUGGUGUCAGGUGUCAUCAAUGGCCUUCUCGCCCUCUUGUUCUUCUCCUCUGAACUGCGUAACCUCGCUGAAUUCGAGUGGGAGAUUCGCAAUGCCAAGGCUGCCGCGUCGGGCAGUCUCGCCACGCUCGGUGAGUUUGAUGACGAAGAGGCCAAGUCACGAUGA